GGGGAGUUUCCCAAGGCGAGGCGGGCUGGGCUGGGCCCGGCCUUCCUCCUCCCCCGGCCGCCGGAGCCGCCGCGGAGGCAGCGAGCGGUGCCCGCUGCCAUGGAGGCCCGGUACAACCUCAAGAGCCCGGCUGUUAAACGUUUGAUGAAAGAGGCCGCAGAGCUGAAGGAUCCUACAGAUCAUUAUCAUGCACAGCCUUUGGAGGAUAAUCUCUUUGAAUGGCACUUCACUGUUAGAGGCCCUCCAGAUUCAGAUUUUGAUGGAGGGAUUUAUCAUGGGCGAAUAGUGCUACCACCUGAAUAUCCCAUGAAACCACCCAGCAUUAUUCUGCUGACGGCCAAUGGCAGGUUUGAAGUGGGGAAGAAAAUUUGUUUAAGCAUCUCAGGGCAUCAUCCUGAAACGUGGCAGCCUUCAUGGAGUAUAAGAACAGCUUUACUGGCCAUUAUUGGAUUUAUGCCAACCAAAGGUGAAGGAGCGAUAGGAUCUCUAGAUUACACACCAGAAGAAAGAAGAGCUCUUGCAAAGAAGUCACAAGACUUCUGUUGUGAAAUGUGUGGCACAUCUAUGAAGACAGCCCUCUUACCACUAACAUCCAGAAGCGUGUCAAGCCAGGCGGACAAGGAGGCUAAAGAACUUGCCAGACAAAUUAGCUUCAAGGCAGAAGUCAAUUCAUCCAGGAAGUCUGAUGCUGGACCUUCAAACACAUCAGGACUGAACCACUCUGCUGCCUCACGUGAGCCCCAGCAGGAAGGUGCAGUGAGAGCAUCCCAGGAUCCAACAAGUGCAACGUCUGAAACUCAGAACAGCAAUGCAGUGGCCGGUCAGGAGCGCACUCCAGCUGUGUCCACUAGCACAUCCAUGAGUCCCCGGCAGCGCCGUGCUCAGCAGCAGAGUCAGAGACGGGCUCCCUCCUCCACUGACUUCAACCGGGCACAGCAGCCGAGAGUCAACACGAACCACACUGGAUCAACUGUUCUGAUUGUCCUUCUGACCUUUGCGUUGGCAGCUCUUAUAUUUCGCAGAAUAUGUUUGGCUAACGAGUAUAUAUUUGAGUUAUAAGGUUGUUUGUCCUAACAGCAGGGACCUGAGUGCUUCAUUGAACAUUCUGUAUUGGGUAUGACAUGAGAACUGUUUACAAAGGCUACUUUUUGUAUUUAUGCUUAAAUCCUUACGAAUGUUGUUAACGUACCUACAGAUACAUUACUUGUAAGAAAAGCAAAGUGGGACAUGUGUUAAUUGAGUGCCCACUAGAGAAACAGUGCAGUGGAAUAGUAACAUGAAGGCACGUCGGAUGGGCCUAGAUUUGAGUAAUUUAUAAACUAGAAAAAGACAAUUUUUAAAAAAUGGUUGAUUAAUUUUUUAUGGAACAUAAAUGCAAUUAAUCACCCAUCUAAGUUAGUAUAAGAUUUUAAAUUGAAGAGAGAAUUAUAAAGUGAAACACUACUAUGUGUUUGUGUCCAGUGAACUCUUUUGUAACCACUUUGAUUUACCAUGACACAUUUCUAGAGGUGGAACACAUACAAAUUGUGAAGCUGCUUUGUGUGUGUGGAAGGGGGAAAGGAGAAGGGGAGGAAAGAAAGGGCCAGAAAACUACUUGCAUUAUUUUGAUUUUUAUUUUUUGGAAGAAAGAUUGGAUAAUCUUUUGAAAGAUUUGAAUGUCCUCUUCUAGUAUUUUCAAUUGUAUAUCUUGUUUUUAAAUUUGACAAUACUACAAAACAUGUCUAUUCUUGCAAUAGUUAUAAAUAUGUAAUAUAAUUAUUUACCCAGAGCUAUUGUCUUUUCAUUAUACCAGAAAUAUACAUAAUGUGUUGAACUGAAUGUUUUGUAUGUGGUUUUAUUUACUAAAGAAAAUUUAAACCUUAUUAUACUUAAACUCUCAUAUCUCAAUGUGCUUAAGAGAAGUAUUUAUUGCAAUCCUACUAGUAAUAAAGUUUCAAGCCACUCUUUGGAUAUACUUCAAA